AUGCUAUCCUCCUUCUUCACUUCCCCUUCCACUUGGGUGAUAACCCUAUCCCUGCUCCCCGCCGUGCUCAGCUCGCCUAUCAUCUCAAAGCGAGCAAAGGGUGCCUGGCUCGGUCUGAACACCAACUUUCCAGACCCGAGCUUCAUGAAAGCUGCCGAUAACAAAUGGUACGCUUUCGGCACGAAUGGCAACGGCAAGCGCAUCCAGGUCGCAAGGUCAGACGACUUUAACACAUGGACCUUGCUGGACGUGGAAGCCCUCCCAACUCUCUCAACCUGGGAAACUGACCGGGACCACUGGGCUCCAGAUGUAGUCCUCCGAGAUGACGGAAAGUAUGUCAUGUACUACUCAGGCGAAGCUAAAUCAAACAUUGGCCAUCACUGCGUCGGCACAGCCGUAUCAGACAAGCCAGCAGGACCAUAUAUUCCAAGCAACACGCCCCUCUCCUGCCGACUGGAUCGAGGCGGCUCAAUCGACCCAGCCGGAUUCAAAGACAAAGAUGGUAGCCGAUACGUCGUGUUCAAGGUCGACGGCAAUAGCGUCGGACACGGCGGCGACUGCAACAACGGCGUUGAGCCAUUGGUCGGCACGCCGAUCUUGCUGCAGAAGGUUGCUGCUGACGGCGUUACUCCUAUCGGAGAUGCGGUGCAGAUUCUGGAUCGGUCUACGGCUGAUAAUGAUGGGCCGCUUGUUGAGGCGCCGAAUCUGAUUCUGCAUGGCGAUACUUAUUUCUUGUUUUAUUCUACACAUUGCUUUACGGAUCCCAAGUAUGAUGUCCGCUGGGCUACGGCUAGUAGCAUCACUGGUCCUUAUACUAAGACGAACGUGCCUUUGAUUAAUGCUCAGAGCUCUGGGCUUCUUUCGCCUGGUGGUGGAAAUGUUUGUGGUUGUGGUGAUAGGAUGUUGUUCCAUGGGUUCUGUACUGAGGCGAGAACUGAUCGGUGUAUGUAUGUGGCUGAUGUUUCUCUCACUGGGAAGACGGCAGCUAUUGCUUGA